AGGAGAGGCCCGGAGCAGGGCGGGAGGCUGCGGACCCAUGGCCUGUGAUUCCAGUGCAGCCCUGGCUCCACACCGUCAGCUGCCUGCGGAGCAGCCCUGUACAGAGCGGGCACUGGGUUCACACAGCCCCAUAGGGCAGGUGAGGGCUGUGAUAAGUGGUGCUGGGGGUGCAGAGCGGAGGUGCUGGAGCCCCUGGAGCACAGAGCCCCGUGGGGCAGGCGUUGGCCGUGAUGAGCAGCGUGGGUGUCCCUCAGAGCUGUCACCGCUGAUGGUCAUGAGUCCAGCCCAGGAGCCAACCCCUGAGCUGCUUGCAGACCCCUACGAGAGCUUCAUGCAUCACCACCUCCAGUACUACGGCUACUUCCGAGAUGAGGAGAAAACUGCAGAAAGCAGCUCCCUCGUGCUGCGAGAGCACAGGCCAAAGAGCUCAGACUCUCUGCUGGAGCAGGAGAGCGGAGGAUCCAACCGCGAUUCCCUUCAGGAUAACAAGAAGAAGCUGAUCUGUUCUCUCAUGCUGAAGGCCGCACUUCUCAAGAGCAAACAGCUUCUGUUCAAUCACCUUGAGGGCCCUGGGGUUCCACGCCUGCGGGAGCCACGGGGUCUCUUUGCUGUGCCCACCUCGAGAGGCCCCCUGCAGGCCCCACGCUGGCCAGUAGAGUGCGAAGUCAUCAAGGAGCAAAUCCAGCACAUCGAGUGGGUGCCGUCUGAACCGGAGCCAUUCUAUCAGCCCACAGGAAACGAGCCGGCCCCACUAAUUGUGGGGGAGGAGAAAGGAACCGUGGUCUAUCACAUAAAGACAGUGGCCAAAGGCUCCUAUUUCACCUGCUCCCGCAUUGGAGGCGCACGAGGGCCCAUCACAUCACCCGCCGUCAGCUUGGAAGGUCCAGAGGACACCACCCUGCUCUUUGAAUCCAGAUUCGAGAGCGGGAACCUCCAGAAGGCCGUCCGAGUAGGCCCGUACGCGUACGAGCUGACGCUGCGCGUGGACCUGUACACCAGCAAGCACACCCAGUGGUUCUACUUCCGGGUCAGGAACACCAGGAAAGGCAUCACCUACCGCUUCUCCAUUGUCAACCUGAUGAAGCGCAAGAGCCUGUACAGCAUGGGGAUGAAGCCGCUCCUGUACUCUCAGAGGGACGCGCAGACGCGUGGCGUGGGCUGGCGGAGAGAGGGGGGCGACAUCCGGUACUACCGGUGCAGCUCCGAGGAGGGCCAGGCGAUGUAUUGUCUCACGUGGACGGUGUGCUUCCCCCAUGACCAGGACACCUGCUACUUUGCCCACUUUUACCCCUACACCUUCUCGGACCUGCAGCGCUACCUGCUGGCAGUGGCCAGCGACCCGGUCCGCUCGCAGUACUGCAAGCUGCGGGUCCUGUGCAGCAGUCUGGCCAGCAACACCGUCUACCUUCUCACCAUCACUAGCCCGUCCCAAAACCCCGCUGCCACUGCCACCAAGAAGGCUGUGGUGCUGAGCGCCAGGGUGCACCCUGGGGAGACCAACGGCUCGUGGGUCAUGAGGGGUUUCCUAGACUUCAUCCUGAGCGACUCCCCUGACGCCCAGCUCCUCCGCGAGCUCUUCAUAUUCAAGGUGGUGCCCAUGCUCAAUCCAGACGGGGUGAUCGUGGGGAACUACCGCUGCUCGCUGGCCGGGAGAGAUCUCAACCGCAACUAUCGGACCGUCCUGAAGGAGUCCUUCCCUUGCAUCUGGCACACCCGGAGCAUGAUCCAGAGAGUCCUGGAGGAGCGGGAGGUUCUGCUGUAUUGUGACUUCCAUGGGCACAGCCGCAAGAACAAUGUCUUCAUGUACGGCUGCAACAACAAGAGCGCUCCUGCCCAGCGGCUCCACGAGCGCAUCUUCCCACUCAUGCUCAGCAAGAACGCCCCUGACAAGUUUUCUUUCCGCAGCUGUAAGUUUAAGGUCCAGAAGAGUAAAGAAGGGACGGGCCGGAUUGUGAUGUGGAGGAUGGGAAUCCCCAACAGCUACACCAUGGAGUCCACCUUCAGCGGCUCAACUCUGGGCAGGAAGAGCGACUCCCACUUCACUUCAGAGGACCUUAAAUCUCUGGGCUAUCACAUCUGUGACACGCUGCUGGAUUUCUGUGACCCCGACCGCUCCAAGUUUUUGCAGUGUCUGUCCGAGCUCCAGGAGCUGCUUCAACAGCAAAUCCAUCGAAAGCUCAAGGAUCUGGGCCGUGGGCAGGACUCAGACGGUGCCUGGAGUGACAUCUCCCUGUCAGACGUUGAGUCCAGGGUGGUCGGAAUGGGCCCUUGUGGCCUCGGCAGCCAGGAAUCGAUGCAAACAGCUAAGGGGCUCUCUGCCUGGCACAGCACCAGCGGCUCCAACAGCUCCCAGUCCGACGGCCUCCCUGCUCAUUUACUCAGCGUGGCAGAGAAGUUCCAUCAGAAGAAGAAGCGUCUGCGGACGAGGAAGGAGAGGAACGAGCUGCGUCAGAAGUACGCCUCGAGCCAGGGGCUGACGUGCCAAGCCAAGACCCCGGUGGCAGGGGAGAGAAGGUUGGGGAGCCCCACCUGCCAGACCCACCAGCCUGUCAGCGCCGCGGCUCUGUGCACGGAGGACAGCUGUGGCAAACAGGGCAAGACUCCAGAAGCUGGCCUCGUUUCAGAUCUGCAGAGGAGAGAACCUAACGCCAGCCAGGAGGAGCAACCAGUCUGCUGCGGAUCGCCAGGACCCCGCACCGAGCACAUCCGUAGGGAGUGCCCCGGCAUUGGUACAUGACACGGUGCUGAGGAAGGACUCUAGUCUAAGAGACCCUUGGCACUGGCGCUCUCCGGCACUGCAGGAUGCACAGACAACCCGGCUCUGAGAGAGGACCGGCACUGACCCUUGGCACUGGACUCUCGGCACCGGUCCCUGGCACCAGAUCCACGACACCGGUCCCCGGCACCAGAUCCAUGACACCAAAUUCCUGGUUUCAGUGCCCAGCCCAAGCGUCUCAACACCGGUCCCCUGCAUCAUCAACUCGGCACAAGUCCCCAGCGCAGUACCAUGUGGUGCCACUGUGGUCAUCUCAGUCGAGAUCCAUGUCUUCGGACUCGGGUGGUGACUCGUACUAUUCCCGUUGCAGCAGGCACAGAUCCGACAAGCGAUGGAGGGAGGCAUCAAUGACACGGCAACCCCAGUGGCAGCCUCCAGUGCAAUGGCCUUUUUGGACCCCCUGGGCUCCUGUUUGGUGGCCUCGGAGCACCGACUAUCCAGACAGCCAAGGACCAGCCUACGCCCCUAGAAUCUGAGGCGACCUUGGCGCAAGCCCCACAGCCGGCCCAGGUUGCCACCGAGGUAACUCUGAGGUAUGACUCAUUGCAAGGCCAGGCUACUGUCACCUUGGCUAUUGCCGCCAUAGAGGCCCCAGACGCUGAACAGGAGGAGGUGAGGGAGACGGAGGGUCAGGAGGACCCCAUCAACCUCUGGCCUCCUCAUCUAUGUCCCCGGGUGAAGCGGUGGCGGGAACUUCAACCUCGGGCCCUCCCCCAGUUGACCACAGGGCCCACCAGGACCUUCUAUGAAGGAUUGCCCAUAACAUGGGGUUACAGGUGGAGGAGGUGGUUGAACCCGAAGACCUCAUGGUCGACAUCCUUGCUCCAGAGGGACCAUCCAGGGUAGCUCUGCCACUGAUAAAAACUAUCCAGAGCAAUAUUAAGACUCUGUGGUAGACCCCUGCCUCAAUCCCGCCCACCGCAAGGGGAGUAGAGCGUAAGUACUUUGUUCCCUCCAAGGGGUACGAGUAUCUGUUCUCUCACCUGCAACCAUGCUCCCUCAUAGUAUCGGCAGUGAAUGAGAAAGAGAGAUGGGGGCAUCAAGGGCUGGCCCCUGAAUCCAAGGAGUCUAAAAGGAUGGACCUUUUUGGCAGGAAAAUCUAUGCAACUUGUGGGCCUCCAUGUUGAAGUUUAUGUUGCUGAUUCCAUCAGACUCCAGAGUCAAGUUCUCGACUAUCAUUGAUGAAGGGAAGGCAGUGGCGUGACCCUCCCUCCAGGCUUCAUUGGACUCAGCUGCCCACACCCAUUCCUCAGGAGUAGCCAUGAGGAGGAGCUCAAGGCUACAGGCGUCUGGGUUGCCCCUGGAGCCUCAGCAAACCCUGCAGGACCUACCAUUCGAAGGCGCAGGGUUAUUUUCGGAGCAAACAGACUCCAAGCUGCACAGUCUAAAAGACUUCUGGGCGACUAUGAAGUCAUUAGGUAUGCACACCCUGGCAACCCUGUUGUAUGCCUUUCCCCCAAUCCCUCUUGUGCACAAGGCACUUCUCAAGAUCCGCAGGGACAGAGUGGAGGUAAUUCUGGUGGCCCUGGGUGGCCCUGACAACACUGGUACACCACGCUCCUGGAGCUGACAGUGGACACUCCGAUCGAGUUACCACUGCAUUCCGAUCUGAUCACUCAAGACUACGGUUGUCUUCACCACCUAGAUCUCCAGUCCCUCCAUCUCAUGGCCUGGAAGCUUCAUGGUUUAACCCCAUGGAGCUUCUGUGCUCAGAACCAGUAAGGGAGGUCCUACUUGGCAGUAGGAAACCAUCUACUAGGGCCACACAUCUAGCUAAGUGGAAAAGGUUCACUUGCUGGUGUGCCUAGCAGUGUACACCUCCACUACUGGCGUCUAUACACUCAUUUUAGAGUACCUUCUGUGCCUGAAACAACAAGCACUGGCAGCUUCAUCCAUCAAAGUACAUCUCGCUGCUAUCUCAGCCUUCCACCCAGGAGCAUCUGGCUGAUCCCUAUUUGCUAACCCCAUGGUAGCUGUUUCCUCAAGGGUUUGGGUCUCCUACAUCCUCAGACCAGACAGCCUGUCCCAGUGUGGGACCUCAAUCUUGUCCUCUCCAAAUUAAUGGGUCCCCCUUUUGAGUCAAUAGCGACUUGCUCCUUUCUCUAUUGUGAAAGGUGGCCUCCCUGGUGGCCAUCACAUUGGCUAGGAGAGUGUCAGAGCUAAAGGCCCGUACCUCCGUUCCACCCUACAUGGUCUUCCACAAAGAUAAGGUGCAACUCAGGCCUCACCCAGCCUUUCUUCCCAAGGUAGUGUCACUCUUUCAUACUAGCCAAGACAUUUUUCUACCUGUGUUCUAUCCUAAGCCUCAUGCCAGUAGUCGAGAGCAGAGGCUACACUCAUUGGAUGUUUGGCAAGUGCUAGC